CGCUUUAACGAAACUCUUCCUAUAGCUUUAAAAUGAUUUCCUAUGCACGAGCAAUUAACCGCCAAUGGAGGCGGAUUGUCAAUACUCGAUGCAACUCAAAUAUUGGCAUAGAUCCUCUGAUGAGCGAAAACAUCGAGAAUAAUCAGUUAAAAGAAAGCAAAGAAGAUUUAAAGCCCAAACCCAGUGAGCGAUAUUUGAAAUUCAAGGAGAAGCUUCGUUCCGAAGCGCCUUUACUUUGCAUUCCCAAAGGCCAGCCACAUCCGGCUCACGAGAAAGAGCCACUGAAACCAUGGCCAAACAAUACUAAUCCACAUACAGGCGAAGUCGGUGGACCACGCGGACCAGAGCCCACCCGUUAUGGUGACUGGGAGAGCAAAGGCCGCGUUACCGAUUUCUAACUCUAAUUUAAAAGAACCAACAACUGAGACUGCGGCUAGUGAUCUACUGAUUUAUUAUUCCUGUUCACAACAGAAGCACUUACUAUUUGUUACACCUUAGCUGGAACAUCUUUUUGGAACGGUAGCUCUUUUGGAAGCAGCGACAGAGAUCAUUCCUUCACCUUUAAUCAAUGUGCUUUGGGCUUCCGCGAAGACAUUACAUAAAUUUCUAUUGUGUGGUUUCCAGAAUUUAUGUUGAACCUACUAUAAAAUAUAAAUUGAUAGCCUUUGUGGAGCUGCCCCCU